UCCGGCUGAGUCGCAGAGCCCUGCAUGGUCAUGCAACUGCGGACUGGACAAUGCUGAGCUUAUCUCCAGGACUGACGUCCAAAGAGAUCCUUCAACGUUUCAAAAAACUGUUGGUGGUUGAGUGCAUGGUUCUCCACUGAUAUGUCGCAAGCCAUAUCCCAACGAGCUUGGUGGCUGCCGCAUUUAUGGGGUAGAUGCGUGCGCACAUCUGUGCGUCUCCAGGGUGUUCCUUCUGGCAACCGCGGCCGACACGCGCUGCUUCUGCAUUACGUGCCACGCGGUCUUUACUGAGUCGUUUCACGGGCAGCUUCUCGCUCGAUAGCGCCCAGGCCAAAGUGAGGGGUUCACGAGUCGUGAAGCUCGUUAACCGCGCUCAAUUUGAUAUCAAGAUAACGGCAAAUUGCGCUUACCGUUCCUGCAGCCUGUCGACAUCACGAUGCCCUCCGUAAGGGUUGCGUGCUGAACCUUGAAGGUGAGCCGUG